AUGGCGCUGGGCCGAGGCGGGACGGCGGCCGCGCUCCCGCUGCUGCUGCCGCGGCGGCCCGCGGGCACCGGGGCGGCGGCGGCGGGCGCGGAGCCCCCCGGGACCGUGGUGCGCAUCCCCUGGGCCCUGCGGGUGCGCCUGCAGCGAGGGGCGCAGCGCCGGCGGCGCGGGCACGGGGAGGCGGCGACGGCAGCGCGUCCCGGGAAGCUGCUGCUGCGGAGCCGGCGGCCGGAGCUGAGCCAGCCCCGCUGGCAGACAGUGGGGCGCUGGGAGCAGCCACCGCUGGUGUCAGCGGGCUGGAAGCACAGGAAGGCGUGCGGGGAUUACUUCCAGCUGGAGCCCUCGCAGGAGGCGGCCCCCGCGCUGCAGGCGCCACCAGCCGAGGCGGGGCAGGGCCCGACCUUCGCCGAGCUGGGGCUGCAGCCGGCGCUGCUGGCCGGGCUGGAGCGGCUCUCCAUCGGCCGCCCCACGGCCGUGCAGCGCCUCGCCAUCCCCGCGCUGCGCCGCGGCCGCAGCGCCCUGUGCGCCGCCGAGACCGGCAGCGGGAAGACCCUCGCGUACCUGCUGCCGCUGCUGGACGGGCUGCUCGGCCGCCCCGAGGGGCCGGCGGCGCCGGCAGGGCCAGCGGCGCCCCGCGGGCUGGUGGUGGUGCCGUCGCGGGAGCUGGCGGCGCAGGUGGGCGCGGUGGCGGCCGCGCUGUGCGCGCCCGCGGGGCUGGCGGUGCGCGGGCUCACGGGCGGAGGGGCCGCGGGAGGGCUGCGCAGGCAGCUGCGGGCGCCGCCGCCGGGCCCCGCCGUGCUGCUCGGCACCCCCGGGGCGCUGCGGGAGGCGCUGCGCCGGCGCUUCCUGGCCCUGGCGAGGCUGCGCUGGAUGGUGCUGGACGAGGCGGACACGCUGAUGGACGACUCGUUCACGGAGCUGCUGGAGGAGAUCCUGGCACACGCGCCGCUGGCCGCUGGAGCCCCCAGGCCGUCCGGACCGGCGGAGGAGAGGACCCAGGUGGUGGUGGUUGGAGCCACCUUCCCUGCGGGGCUCAGCGAGACGCUGGCGAAGUUCACAGACGUGAGCAGGUUUGUCACCCUCACCACCCAGAGCCUGCACCGCCUGCCGCCUCACGUCCAGCAGAAGUUCGUCCGCCUCAAAGGCCGGGACAAGCUGCCCGAGUUGCUGCAGCUGUUAAAGGAGCACCCAUCAUCUGGCGGGGCUGUUCUCAUCUUCUGCAACAGUGCCAGCACUGUCAACUGGCUGGGCUAUAUCCUGGAUGACCACAGAAUCAGGCACCUGAGGCUGCAGGGACAGAUGUCAGCAGCUGCUAGAGCUGGCAUCUUUGCCUCUUUCCAGAGGGGUGAUGUGUCUGUCCUUGUCUGCACUGACCUUGCCUCGCGGGGUCUGGACACCAGCAGCGUGCAGCUCGUGGUCAACUAUGACUUCCCAGACACCCUGCAGGACUACCUGCACCGUGUGGGGAGAGUUGGACGAGUUGGGAGCAAGGCACCUGGAGCUGUGGUUAGUUUUGUCACCCAUCGGUGGGAUGUGGACCUGGUACGGAAAAUAGAGACUGCAGCCCGGAAACGGACAGGCCUCCCGGGAAUGGACUCCUCCAUUAAUAAACCUUCGCCUAAAGGAGGCUGAUUCAAGUUGCUGGGCAGUACUAGGUGGCCUGGUAGGGACUCACCUUGAAGUCCUUAAGACAGAGUGAUUGAGCUGCUGUUUGUAAAGUUGACUGAGAGAAUUGAGUUUCAGAGCCAGGUGUUCAGGUUAACUUUGUGUACUGUUCCGGAAGCUGCAGUAGUCAUUUCCAUACUCAUCACAACACACGGCUUUGCAAAAGGAAGCUAGUGAGUAACAGAAUGCUUUUGGAGAGGACUGAAGAAUGACCUCAUCAACUGAUUUGAUUUUGUUGAGACUUAAACUUAAAUUCAAAUCAGAAUGAAAGUAUGCCUGUAUGAUAUGCAGCUCUGUUACAUUUCAUUGCUGCCCACCACUAGCAGCUAAACGUUCAUUAUUAAAACUUAAAAAUUACUACUGUGGCAGGAAAAAAAAUGGAUAUAACUUUGACCUGUCAUAGAUACACGUAGAAAGGCUAAAGGACAAGUGAUGUUUGAUUUUCUCGUGGUUUAGCAGUU